GUUAGACUACUGACAUGGUUUGAUAGUUACUUCUAAGAUUAUCUGCUUAUCUCAUCAGUAACGAAAAUAGAACAGGAGGUAUUUCAUUUCGGGCUUUUAGAUGCAUUUUAUAAUUUCGCAUAAAAACUCAAAACUAAGUAAAUCGGCCGCAAAUGAAUAUCAAAAGUCUUUUUUUCCGUUGUUGAGGACUUAUAAUUUUUCCCUUACAUUCAUCUUUGGUUGAUUUUUUAUUACCCGGAUAGUUUGCCCGCCACAACAAAUACUCUCCUCAAUUUUGAGAAAGCAGAACAGCGAAAGGUGCAAAAGCUUGCUGUCAUAAAAUUUUCUUUAUAAAAAAAUGAUAUUACUACAACUCAUUUUAUUUCCCGUUUUGUUUCUUUCUUGUAUUUCUUUAAUUUUUUGUGCUCUGUGCUGCCCACUGUAACAAUUGUACAGCGGUUUUCCAAUCGAAAGUUCGUUUCAUUUCACCGCCAGAUUCAAAAUGGCGGCCUCCUCACCGGAUCCAAACCUGCGAAGGGAAUCUCCUUUACCAACGGUAAAUGAACGGCUGGGGCAUCUAAAACCCUCGAGAGAACUAUUAGAAUACUACCGAAGAAAAAUCGCCGAAUAUGAUGGCGAAUACGAGGAAAUGGUGAGGAAACUAGAGCUGUACAAAUGCACCUACGAAGAACAGCACAAAACGCAGUGGGAAUUGCGGCAACGAGAGGAAGAAAUCGCCGAACUACAAAAAGCUCUGAGCGACAUGCAAGUUUACCUCUUUCAAGAAAGAGAACACGUUUUGAGGUUGUACGCAGAAAAUGACAGAUUAAAAAUACGCGAACUUGAAGAUCGCAAAAAGAUACAGCAUCUGUUGGGCCUUACCAAGACAACAGAACCUGAAAUUACUUACUUCCAUCAUCAGCCACCAGCUAAGGCUAUUGUCACUCAACACAGACCCAGGGACAAAGAUAGUGGGAGCCGAGCGGUGUCAGCAGGAAAGAGGACCCUUACUGGACGUGGUCCUGGAGGUCACAAGCGAGACUCCACUGGAAAUGUUCGCCCAGUUAGAAAUACUGCCAAUACUGAAGACAAUCAGACCCUUCUGCUUCAAAUAGAAUCAUUACAAGCUCAGCUUGAGGAACAGACAAAGCUCGCAAAGGAGCAGGUUGCCGCCUUGUUGGAAGAUCGGAGGGUACACAUGGAGGAGCAACAAGCACAGAGGGAGAGGGACACAGACAAGAUCAAGAUGAUGCAGGAAAAGUUGCGGAAAACUCACGAUCUUUUAUAUGACAGUACUAAAGAUUUCCUGGAGCUGAAAUAUGAGUUAAGAGCUAAUGAAAGGCUCUGGAUGGCUGAAAGAGACAGAUUAGUCCAGGAAAUUGAUCAGUUACGGGAAGAGCUUGACGUAACUGGUGCCAGUGUGCUAGAAGUGUCAGGCGAGGUCAUGGAGCCACGUCAAGCACAGCUUGUCGCUGUGCAGUCGUUAAGACAUCAACUCGAGCAGUCACAGAAACUGGCGGAAAUGUACCGAGAGCAAUGUAUUGGUUUAGAGGAUGAGCUCGCAAGAAUAAGGGAGCGGACUGAUGUUAGUGAGGACAUUUUCAAGGAGAGAACAGAGAAGAUGAGUAAAAGAUUGGCCUUGAUGAAUACCAGAUAUGAAAACUUGGAGAAAAGGAGAGCAUUGGAAGUUGAGGGGUUUAAAACUGAUAUUAAGAUGCUCAGGGACAAGCUGAAGAAUGUUGAGAAACAGUUAUUCAAAGUGACGGUUAACAUGGGAGAUGAUUACGAUGAACAAGUGCUUAGAAAUGUUCGACACACUGCAGGAAGGUCAAAGAAACUUGUCGGUGAACUUCACAAUCUUAAGGCCAAGAUUUAUUCUUUAGAGAAUGAUGUUAGACAUAUGGGAUAAUGUGAUUGGAGCAUUUUGUGGCAAUUCUAAAUACUGUUAAUACGUUAACCAACAUUAGUCUUCAUAUAAUGACAUGGUCUUAUUCAACCUCAUUUUUGAAAUGUUUACUAAUAAAUUGUACUGUCUACCCUUUUAAAUGGUGAGAAUAUUUUAUUUUUUUUGGUGUAAAAUCACCCUUAAUUAAUGUAUCUACAUGUAUGUACUAAUUUCUAUUGCUUCUUAUUUUUGCUUCCAACAUGAUUUUACUUGUUGGUUGAUAUGAAAAUUUUCUCUUAACAUUUAUAAGGAAACUUCGUUUUUUUUUUAAGGAUCCUUGUUGUUAGAUGCAGUGGGUCAGGCAUGACUGUUUUCUGUUAUCGUGAUAUUCUCAUUUUAUUGAAUGAAUAGGGAAAUAGGCUGUGCAGCUUGCCUACAUUUCACUUUCUGUAAAUAGUAUUUAGUUGGGACAGUAUCAUUUGUGUAUUAUGUAAUUUUAUACAAAAGGCAGCUUAAUGUGUUGUAAGUUUUCAGGAUGGCAAAUUAAAACACAUUUUGAAAGGA